AUGAGAGAGGAUCAUGGAUCAGCUGCCUCCUGCACGGAAGGAGAGGCAGCGAUGGAGGAAGAGGAGGACGGGACCCCCGAGGGCGCUGGGCCACAGGCAGCCCCAGAGGAGUCCGCCGGGGAGCAGACCAGACCGGGGGCCGCUGCGGAAGCUGCUGAGCCGGGGGCCUCCACCCCGGGGGAAGGCCCGCCCGAUGCAGGAGAGGGGGACGGGGUCCCCGAGGGAGAAGAGGGGGACAUGGUCCCCGAGGGAGAAGAGGGGGACGGGGUCCCCGAGGGAGAAGAGGGGGACAUGGUCCCCGAGGGAGAAGAGGGGGACGGGGUACCCGAGGGAGAAGAGGGGGAUGGGGUCCCCGAAGGAGAAGAGGGGGACGGGGUCCCCGAGGGAGAAGAGGGGGACGGGGUCCCCGAAGGAGAAGAGGGGGACGGGAUCCCCGAGGGAGAAGAGGGGGACGGGGUCCCCGAAGGAGAAGAGGGGGACAUGGUCCCCGAGGGAGAAGAGGGGGACAUGGUCCCCGAAGGAGAAGAGGGGAAUGUGGAGACGGGCGAGGAGCAGCAGGUGGCGGGGGGCCCGGGGUCUGACAUGGAAGCCCUGUCCCCCGGGGGGAAAGCCAGCUCCACGGAGAUCAUUGAUUCGGACACCAGCCUCGGGGACGCGGCCCCGGACUCGGAGGCCGCCCAGCAGGAGGCAGGCUCCUCUGAGUGGCAGCCGAGCUCGGAUGUUUCCAGAUUUGGGCUCAGCCAUUCGACGGAGUCUGAGGAAGACCUGCAGCGGGUCCCACCGCGCCCCCUGCUGCCCGGCCCGGGCGGUAGCAUCCCGUCCUCCGAUGAGCUGUCCCUGACCUCGGAGUCCUCCUCCGGCCCGGAGCCAGGCCCCCCCGCCCCGGCCUCCUGGCCGCCCCUCCGGCCAGCCUUCUCGCCCUCCUUCCUGGACCGGAUCCAGCACUUCAGCCUCUCUGAGGACGGGGGCGCCGAGCCGCCCGAGUCCGAGGGGAGCGAUGAGCCCGACGAAGACGUGACCCACCUGGUGGUCCUGGACCCCAACCACCCCCUGAUGCUCAGGUUCCAGGCCGCACUGAACAGCUACCUGAACCGGCAGGUGGAGAAGCUGCAGCUGGAGCUGCUGGAGCUGGGCGUGGCCUCCAAGCAGAGCCAGGCGCAGCGGCAGGAGCUGGGCGUGGAGCUGUACGGGCUGCAGCAGCACAUGGCAGCCCUGCAGAUGCAGCUGGAGAAGAGCCACGACCGCUACUCGCUGGCCACGUGCGCGCGGCAGCAGGUGGAGCAGGAGCUGCACCAUGUGCGCCAGCUCUACACCAGCACCUACGGGGCCGCCAGCGAGGAGCGCCGGCAGCUGGCGUCGCUGCAGGGCGAGAUGGAGCGCCUGGCGCUGGACCUGUUCUACGUGCAGAGCAUCGACCAGGACAUGCGAGACGACAUCCACGUGAUGAAGCAGGUGGUGAAGAAGUCGGAAGCCGAGCGGGCGCGGGCCGAGCGGGACAAGCAGCAGCAGGACCUGCACGUGGACCAGCUCACCAGCCGGGCCCACGAGCUGGAAGAACAGAUCGCCCUGUUCGAGGCUCAGGCGGGGGCCCAGGCGGAGGAGACCCGGCUGCUCAGGAAAGCCGUGAGCGAGGCCUGCGCGGAGAUCGACUCUGUCCGGGUGGAGAAGAAGGUGAUCCUGCAGCAGUGGACCGUCUGCCUGGUGGGCAUGAAGCGCCGCGACGAGGCGCACAGGACCAUCCGGGAGGUGCUCAGCGAGUGCCAGCACCAGCUGCAGGCGGCGGCCGGCGAGGCGGAGGCCUGCCGGCGCUCCAUCGUGCAGGAGGAGGAGCGCAACGAGGCGCUGGCCCGCGUGCUGCGCCGCGCGGAGGCCGAGGCGCGGCUGCUGCAGAAGCUCACCGCGCAGAGCCUGGUGCGGCAGGAGGCGCUGCAGGCCCAGUUCGGCUCCUACCAGCUGGUGCUGCAGGACACGGACGCCAAGCUGGAGCACAAGGAGAUCCGGGCCAAGCUGCUGGCCGUGCACCAGGCCAUCCGGGAGGAGCGGGAGCUGCGGCGGGAGCUGGACACGGCCAUUGUGCGGAAGCUGCAGGAGCACAUGACCUCCAACAAGAUGACCAAGUACUUCCACCAGCUGCUGCUCAAGCUGCAGAAGGAGAUGACCAACCUGGUGACGCACCACUCCAAGAUCGACGGCGACAUCGCCCAGGCCACGCUGGACAUCACCCGCACCAACUGCCGGCUGGAGGGGCACCGGGAGGCGCUGGCCGAGCUGGACAAGGAGGUGCAGAAGGUCAACGAGCUCAUCAGCAACAGCGAGAGCGAGAUCGCGCGGCGCACCAUCCUCAUCGAGCGCAAGCAGGGCCUCAUCAACACCCUCAACAAGGAGCUGGAGCAGAUGGUCUCCGAGAUCGGGGGGGAAGAGAUGGGGCCGCUGGAGCUGGAGAUCAAGAGGCUGAGCAAGCUGCUGGACGAGGUGGGCGCCAAGGUGACGCAGGCGCAGGUGGGCUGGCUGCGCCUCCAGCAGGACAUGGUGCGGGCGGCGCAGGAGCGCGAGGAGCAGCUGGCCGCCCUGAGCCUCUUCCGCAAGGAGGUGCGCAUCCUGGAGCAGAAGAAGCUGAGGACCGAGAAGAAGAUCGAGCAGGAGAAGCAGGAGCAGAAGGACAUCGAGCGGCACAUGAAGGACCUGGACAACGACCUGCGGAAGCUCAACGUGCUCCUGAGCCGCAACCGCAGCAGCUCCGAGGGCCUGCAGCAGGCCAACCUGCUCACCGAGAGCCAGUUCCUGCAGGCGCUCAAGGCCGCAGAGAGGGAGACCAUCGAGAUGCAGGACAGGCUGGAGCAGCUGAACCAGGAGAAGGUGUCGCUCCUCAACCUGCUGGUGGAGGCCGAGCACCAGAUCCUGCUUUGGGAGAAGAAGAUCCAGCUGGCGAAGGAGAUGCGGGCCUCGGUGGACUCGGAGACGGGCCAGAAGGAGAUCCGGGCCAUGAAGGCGGAGAUCCACCGGAUGCAGGUCCGGCACAAGCAGCUGCUGAAGCAGCAGGAGCGGAUGAUCCGGGACAUGGAGCACGCGGUCGCCCGCAGGGAGACCAUCUCCACCCAGGCCGAGGGCCAGAGCAAGAUGGACAGGAAGAUGCUCACCCGGUCGGACUUCCACCACAAGCAGCUGGAGCUGCAGCGGAAGAUCAGGGACCUCCACAAGGCCACCGAGGAGACGAGCAACAACAUCCUGCAGCUGGAAGAGAGCCAGAAGGCCACGAGGGACUCCCUGCACGAGAAGCAGGCGCAGCUGUCCGCCCUGCAGGCCCAGGCCGAGGAGCUGGAGGCCAGCCUGGAGCAGCUCGUGGACCGCAAGCGCCAGAACCUGUCGGAGCUGGUGACCCUGCAGACGCGCCUCAAGCACCUGCAGGCGGCGAAGGACGGCAGGUACGUGUUCCUGUUCCGCACCAAGGAGGCACAGCUGGAGGAGCGCCGGCGCCUGGACCACCGGCUGGCCACCAUCGGCGCCAUCCUGGACCACGUGCAGGACGAGCACCCCCAGUUCCAGGAGGCGCUGCUCACGCUCAGACAGACCGUCGCCAGCCAGCUGGACGCCCCCUCGCCCUUCUAG